UUUCCUUUUUCUGUUAUCAACAUCUAUCACAUGUGAGAGAGGCAGAUAAGAGGCGGCGGAUGUGUGGUGACAUCCCACAACAAGCAGUCGACUCAGAGAGGAAGAGAGCUGCUGCUGCGACGUCUGGAUGAUGUGAAUGACUCCAGAAACGAUGGCGCUCCUCUGGGUUCUGCUUUGGUCAGCUCUGCCUCACCUGGUUCUCUGCUCUGAUCCAGAUCUUUGUUCCGUCCAGGAGAUCAGCAGCUCCCAGAGCAUGUCUCCGUUGCUGCAGUCCUUGCAGUGCCACAACGACUACGAGUCCCACGUCCACUGCAGGUGGAAGAACGACAGGAACACGACGCUGCAGCUCUGGUUUGAGACGGAGGAUGGCAGGGAGUUGUGUGAGCCGUUCAGCAGUGCAGAGGAAGGUAGAACCGUCCACUGCAGAUAUAAAACACAACUGUUCGUCAUUGGAGUCAGCCACACCGUCUUCUUCAUGAAGAACAACACAAAGAACAUCUGCUCUUCUGUCAGACGGACAUCUCUGGAUCUUUUUCAGCACGUGAGAGCUCUCCCACCCGUCAACCUGUCCACACAUGAAGCAGGUGAUGGAGGCUGGAGGAUCCUCUGGUCCAGCCCCUACCCGUCCUCCUCGUCCCUGAACACAAACCUGUCAUAUCAGCUGAGCUACAGGAUGCACAGACAGGACAGCUGGACCACUGAGGAUGUCACUACCACCACUGUGAAGUUAGAGAAGCGUGUGUUGCUUCCAGGACGCCGGUAUGAAGCCAGGGUGAGGGUCCGGGCUGGAGUGGGUCAGUGGAGCGUCUGGAGUCCAGUGGUGACCUGGCAGACUGAAGACGACUUUGGGCAGCUUCCCACUUUGCACUGUGUGCUGGAAGGAGAGAGGGAGGUGGUGUGUAGCUGGGAGGUGAGCCUGGAGCUGGCUGACUUCAUCACCUACCAGCUGUUCUGUCGACACAACCGAACCGGCCCCUCGGAGAGAUGCUGUGUGAACCCAACAGUCCGGACCGACCACAGGGAGGCGCUGCUGAGCUACAGCUGCUCUCUGACUGUCCCAGCAUCUGAACAUCUGCUGCUCGACCUCCAACCAACACACAACGCCAAGACUUUUGAGGCGUACCGGCACAUUCGUCCCAAACCACCUCAGCAGCUGAAGGUCAGAGAGGAGAAAGGGAACUGGAUGGUGGAGUGGAUGCAUCCGAGCACAGAUUCUAAACUUCCAAACAGACUGUUCUACGAGGUGUGUUACUACAGGACACCAGAUCAGGGAUCUCCAGUGCUGCUGAACACCUCAGAGGGCUCCCUGUCGGUCCCCAUCCUGGGAAAAUUGCUCGAGCCUUUCCAGACCUACCAGGUGAAGGUCAGAACUCUGGUGGAUCCUGGAUAUGGUCCCCGCUAUGGAGGAAUCCCCUCAGAGUGGACUGAUCCUGUGGAGUGGACUUCACAUGGAGCCACCUGGUCGUCCACCACCUUCAUCUACAUCCUCAUCAGUGUGUUGGUGGCCACGGUCUUCUUCGUCCUCUACUGCACCGUCCCGGCCUGUCAGAGGAAGGUCAUUCUAUGGGUGGACUCAGUUCCUUCUCCAGGGAAAAGUAAAAUCCUCUCUGAGAUGAAGUCUGCCACCCCUCGGACCCUCAUGCAGAGCGAGAAGACGUCCAUCUGCAAAGUCCAACACCUGGACAGCGUGUCGACGUGCUCCUCUGAUGCUUUACUGUGGCCGACCAAGGUCAGUGAAGCAGACCGUGUGGACCAGGAGGAGAGCUGCUGGGACGGGGACACUCUGCCCUGUCCUGCUGAGAAGGUUCAGGGCUCUGACACAUCUUCCUUGAGCUUCAGUGGACCGUACAUCUUCUGUCAGUCAUCAGAGCAAACAUCCAAGUCAGUGAACGUCAAGAGUGAAGCCAAAGACAUUGAAACCCCGUCAGAUGUCUCUGGAUCUCCUUCCCCAGUGAAUUUCACUGUUUUUGGAGACGGUUAUGUGCAUCUGCCGAGCCCCAACGUCUCCAGAUCCACUCAGGAUCUCGUCUCCCACAGUAAUGAGAACACAAACACAUAUCGUCAGGACCAACACGGACCAGAGAGUCCUGUUAAACCCGGCCUCAGCGAGCCCAGCGGCAGCGAUCAGCCUCCAGAAUACACCUCAGAACCUUUGAGUGCCUGGCCUCAGAGCGACGCCGUCCAGGCCUCAGGGUACUGCCGCCUCCCCACCGCCUUCAUGACGGCAGCAAAGUGAAGACCUAUAACCGCUGGUUUCUGUUUCUCCCAAUAAGCUUUCCACUUUAUUCCAAAUUCCUUCUGCUUCCGUGUGAAAAACAAACACCACACAUUUCAGUAAAGGGAUUGUUGAACAUUUUAAAGGACUAUUAACCUCCUUUUUGUUUGAUUUAAGGUGAAAUAGUGAGCCAAGCUGUGAGAGGAUGCCUAAAGGAUAGUCUGCACUCAGGACAGCAACAUUUGUCGUUAUUUUUGAACUUUUUGGAAGCAAACGCAUGUUAGAUUGGGACAGAAUACCUUGAUAUCUGAUCAAAUCCAAACGACUUCCAUGCAAAACACCUCUGUGAAACUGAAAGUGUUUUAUUUUUUAGCUGAACCUGCGUCUGAUCCGAUUCUUAACCAACUGUUGUGCUUCUCUCAUUGUACAUAAUAAUCACUUCCUUAUCGUGUUGCUCCACCCGUACACAGUGUUUCACACAGGAAGUGGAUGUUCAACCACAGACUCUUUAGAAUUGUGUUGAAAUGUUGAAGUUUUUAUUACUUCCUCAAAUUCUGCCUCUGUCACUGCUGAGGAGAGGCUGAAUGAAGCAAACUGCACUUCACUGGAAAAGGUUCUGUUUUUGCUGACGUGCGUGUUCGCUGUCGUCAUGUAUGUAAGCGUGUUUGCACAAAGAUGUGUGAGUUGAUCCCUUAUUGUAAAUAUCCUGUCCUGAGUGUUGCUGAAUGUGUGUAUUAAUAUAUAAAGCAUGAUGUAGUGAAACUGCUGCAUUAACUCACUAAACAACAAGGCGCUCUGAUGUUCUUUGCUCCUCUAAUAUUUUUAUUCACUGUGGCAUCAUUUUCCCUGCAGUAUAAAAUCAUGCAGCUCUAUUAAAACAGCACAACUGUGGCAGCAAAUACAGCAUCUGAUCUGACAUUUAAAGCCUCUAAAUGGUCCAUUGUCACAGCUUAUCAUUCACAUAUAUUUGAGAAAGCUCUGCAGUGAUAAUGGCCAACUUAAUUGUCUGAUAGCAUCCAAAAAAACAAAAAAGAAAGUAGAGUUUCUGUGUAACAAAGCCAGUACUGUGAAAAAAGGGGUCUCCACAUGCCAUCGAUAUUUAAUUAUUUACGUUUUCAUCACUAACAUAAGGUGAUUUUAUUCACUGUUCUGCUCAUGAACUGCAGAAAGAUGUCUCAUCAUGCUGAAUGUGUCUUUGCUGAAAACUUGUUCCAUCUUACAUUUAUUUUAUUGAUCAAGUCUGAAGUAUUUUUGUCUUAAUUAUUUGUGUCCCUACUCAUCUCCUCUUUAUUUUGCAUACACAGCCUGCAGUUUAUCCAAAAACUCUGGACUUUUGUCACAUGAUUGAAGCUGAGAUAAUAUAUUUAGUUUAUUAUGGGAUCUGCUGCAAAUGCAUUACUUUGGUGAAUUUUUAUAUGAGAUAUGGUGAGGAGAGUGAUUUUGAUUAAAUAUUUUAGCUUAGAUUUGGUUCAUAUUCAUGCUAGAAUUUCACAUGUCAUGUAAGGACUCUUUGGAAAAUUGAAAAUCAAAAGAUUCUCUUGCAAUUUCAAAAGCAAAAAACAAAACAAAGAUCCUGCUUUGGGUUUCAGAGGAUCAAACAGAACCAGUGCUGUUACUGUGUGAAAGGUUUUAGCAAAAUCAGAGACGUGACAAAGCACUGAGAAUAUGUUCUAUCUUUUUACUUUUACACUCUACUCAGGUGUGUAUUUUGGCUCUAUUUUGAUGGAUCAGGAAGGAGUUGUCUGAAAUACAUAUCUAAUGGUUUGCAAUGUUUGUUGUACGUUUGUUUUAUGAGGACGUGAACAAAAAUUCCUGUUUUAGGGUCAGGGUUUGGAUUUUCACACACAUAAAUAUCUAAAAGUCUGAGCUGUGCUCCAUGACUGAAAGUGAGAAACAACGAGCUGACAAACUGAAACAAUUAUUAUCUUCUAAUGUGGUUAAUUUGAAGUCAUAUUUUAGAUAAACGAUGAACAGCUUCAUCCUAAAGGCUUCACUUCAGAAUGUCAGAAACAAAAGAACACAUCUUUGGUUCUAUAAAUCAUAUGAAUCAAGGUUUGAGCAUCUUUUCAAUCAUUUAUUCAUUCAGUCAGUCUGUUUCUUCUUUGUGCCUCCCACGGUGGAGGAGGCAGUGAAAAGGAAAGAGGAGCGGAGGAAAACCGGCGUUUAACAGAAACAAAGCGGUGUCAGUUAAAUCUGAUGCGUCUCACAGCUGCUUCAUCCGUCUUUUAUUCUGUAUUUCAUAUCAUCUGUCAGAGGAGCUAAACAGGGUUAGUGACAGCUACCAGAUGGAUUUACUGAGGAUUCACAUGGAUGAGACACGCUGCCAUGACAAAGCUCCACAGUGUUCAUGUUUCAGAGAUAAAUAUCAUGUAUGACCUCCUCUCCACACGAUGUUCACUCAGAGCUCUAACCAGUCUGCUCUCUCCUGACCUCCUCCUCCACCACAGCGUCUCAAGUCUCUUUGCUUUCCAGCGUUUGGUUUUCUAUAAAAACCUGUCAGACUGUAUUAAAGAUGAACAAACGGAUUUAAGGUCCCAAGCAAACCUCUUCUUGAAGAUAAUGGAAUAAGGGAGUGCAUGAAUGUGCCCUCUUCAUUCUGCUGACUGUUAGUGUUUAUGGUCUGCAUUCAGCCUCAGAGCUGUGAGUUUGGACUCAGCUGUUUGUGAAGUUAUGCUGUAUGAACUGUAUUUUAAUUGUUUUUAAAUGAACAUUUUGCUGUUAUUUCAUAGAUUUUAGGUAAAAUCAUUUACAUGUGAACAGUAAAUCUGCAAAUUAUGUUUUAAAAGCUCUUUUUCAGAUUAAUUAGUGACAUUACAACACUUCACCAAAAAAUGACAACAUUUUAAAAAUAUUUGUUUGUUUUACUGCUUAUAUUUGCUGUAUGUGUAGUAGGAGUUGGAUUAAAAGUAAAUCAUUACAGAGUUUCCUUAUUUUGGUAAACAACAGAGAACAACUAGAAAAAUGCAAACCAACCAAAACUGUGAAUGACAUCCACAUCAACAGUAUUUUAAUAGUAAGUCAUUCUAUUAGAAUGUGAGCUCAUAAAUGAGAAAUGAAACUGUUUUAUUGUAUUGUUUUGUUUUUAAAUAUGGCCGAUCUAAAUCCUUAUUAUAACUGCUGGUUUUGUGACACAAAGAUCCACUGUUGAAUAUUUGAGUCAUAAAUUUUAUGUUUUCAAAAAAACAUUUCCAAAAUGUUGACAGUCUUAGUUUUGUUCUGUUGUCAUAAUUGUUGACAGUCUGAUGGAAAAUGUACAUUCAGAGCCACAUAAAGAAAUAUGAAGCUAUUCUAGUGAGGCGUCUGUUUGUGUUUCUGUGUUUUUAUUGAUUCAUUGUGAUGAUGGAGAGAGUCACCACAUCUGUAAAUAUGAACUGGGUCAAUAAACAAAGAGGAAAAAUGCUCCAUGA